UAUUCCAGCUUCCGGUGGUAUGCUCAUCGAAAAGAUGGCCGGUGAAAAGCAGAGUGAGGCUAAACUUGCCGGAAUGGAUGAAAAUAAAGAGAAUACAACCGACGAGACACUUGGAUUAGAAAUUCUGCAGAUCAUUAAGGAUUCCCAGCAGCAGCAUGGGCUGAGGCAUGGGGAUUACCAGAGAUACAGAGGGUACUGCUCCCGCCGCUUGCGGCGUCUGCGCAAGACACUGGGCUUCAAAAUGGGCAACAGGCACAAGUUCACUGGAAAGAAAGUGACUGAGGAUAUGCUCACUGACAACAGGUACCUGCUGCUGGUCCUGAUGGAGGCAGAGCGGGCCUGGAGUUACUCCAUGCAGCUGAAGCAGGAGGCCAACACUGAGCCCCGGAAGCGCUUCCAUCUGAUGACCCGCCUGCGGAAGGCGGCCAAGCACGGUGAGCAGCUGGAGCGGCUGUGCGAGAGCCCCCGCGUGGACGCCAAGACCAAGCUGGAAGCCCAGGCCUACACGGCUUACCUGGUUGGGAUGGUGCAGUUCGAGCUGCAGGAGUGGAAACCUGCAAUGGAGGCCUUCAAUAAGUGCAAGACAAUCUACGAGAAGCUGGCUAGUGCCUUCACUGAGGAGCAGGCGGUGCUGUACCACCAGCGUGUAGAGGAAAUAUCUCCUAACAUCCGCUACUGUGCCUACAAUAUCGGUGACCAUAAUGCCAUCAACGACCUGAAGCUGAUGAGGCUGAGCGCCGGGGGAGGCGGCGGCAUGAUAGCAGAGAAGCUGGAGGCGCUGAUCACGCAGACGAGGGCGAGGCAGGCUGCCACCAUGAGCGAGGUGGAGUGGCGUGGGCGCACCGUGCCCGUGAAGAUCGACAAGGCCCGCAUCUUCCUGCUGGGCCUGGCUGACAACGAGGCCGCCAUCACGCAGGCGGCGAAUGAGGAGACGAAGGAGCGUCUUUACGAGACCCUGCUAGCAGAGUGCAGAGAUACCAUCCAGGCCGUGAGGGAGGAGAUCAAAGCCGAGGCAAAGCUGCGAGAGAGGGCUGCGGAUGGAGAGGUGGGGAAGGUCUCCAACCUACAGUAUCUGCACAGUUACCUGACCUACAUCAAGCUGCUGACAGUCGUUAAGCGUAACGAAAGCAUGGCCCGGGUGCUGCAGGCCAAACUCAAGGAGGUCCAACCGGAUGAGAGUAAGCGGAGCCCGAGGCCCCAGGACCUCAUCCGCCUCUACGAUAUCAUCCUGCAGAGUCUGAUGGAGCUGUCCACCCUUCAGGGACUGGAAGAGGACCACACCUUCCAGAAGGAGGUCUCUCUCAAGAUGCUGGUCUACAAAGCCUACAGGUGCUUCUUCAUUGCCCAGUCCUAUGUUCUGGUUAAGAAGUGGAGCGAAGCCCUGGUUCUGUAUGAGCGAGUUCUGAAGUACGCCUGCGAGGUUCAGUCAAAGGCCAAAAACCUGAACAACAGUCUGAAGGACCUCCCUGAUGUUCAGGAGCUGAUCACAGAGGUCAACGCCGAGAAAUACUCACUGCAGGCGGCCGCCAUUUUGGACACGGAUGACGUUGUAGAGACACCUCAGCAGCAAGUCAAAGAUAACAAGCCCUUCUGUGAACGCCUGGAGACCUUCCACCUGGACCCCUCCCUGCUCGGCAAGCAGCCCAACCUGGUGCAGUUCCCGCCUGACUUCCAGCCCAUCCCCUGCAAGCCGCUCUUCUUCGACCUGGCCCUGAACCACGCGACCUUCCCUCCACUGGACGACAAGGUGGAGCAGAAGGGCAAGGGAGGCCUCACUGGCUACAUCAAGGGGAUCUUCGGCUUCGGCAGCUAAAUUCCGGGCGUGUUGG